CCGUGUUGAUCAUGGUGGGGUGAAGUUACGCAGUUUUUCUAAGCAAAUAAAUUACGUAUACUUAACGUAAUAAUUAUGUUACGAAUUUAGAAAAUCACACAGGAACUGCAAGAUUUUGCGUAAUCCAUGCUAUAUCGAGGAUUAAGCACAGAUCGCUCACCCACAAAAAUGGUCACAAAAAUAUUUUUUACGCUGGCAACUUUAUUAACAUAUACAAACUCAGAGUAUAUUCCUCCUGGCCCAUUAUAUCCGUGUCCCAAGGACUCCACGACAACCCUUUUAUAUCCGUGUGUCUGUGAAAAAGGGUCAGAUAGUGGUUUAUACAUAAGAUGUGAAAACACAGGGUUGGCAAUACUUAGUGUUGGGCUUGGCAACAUAGCUGGCUUGGGGUUGCCAAUUGAAAAAUUGGUGCUGAAUGAGUGUAAAAUAACAAACCUCUUCGGCCCUCUGUUCCAUAGAUCAACAAUAAGAGUCAUAGAGUUUAUAGACACACCUAUCAAAACCAUAGAUCAGUAUGCUUUCGCCGGAGUGAAUAGGACUCUUCAAGAGCUUUAUAUGACUAAUACUAAUAUCGAGGAGUUUCCUAAAGAGGCCUUUAUGAUCCUAGGAAACCUCUCGGUACUCUCAAUCGACGGGCACAAAAUGACUAAGUUGGGUAAAGACAUAUUCGUCGGUAGCGAGGCUGCUGGAAAGUUGGAGAGAUUGCAUCUAACAAACGGAUUAAUAGCUGACAUGCCGCCUGAGACAUUUCAGGUAUUGAAAAAGUUAAAAAAGUUGGAUCUUCACGGUAAUAAGCUGGCAACAUUGAAGAGGAAUCAAUUUAAAGGGUUGAGAGAUACUGAGUUUUUGGAUUUAAGUCACAACAGUAUCACAAAGCUAGAUGGCAGUCAUAUAGGAGAUCUGACCAAACUUGGAUGGUGUAAUGCAAGCCAUAAUCAAAUUGGAGAGAUACCUAGAGGAAUGUUUGCAAGGAACACAGUUAUAAAAGUGGUACAUUUGGACAACAAUAAAAUCAAGAAACUGGACACCAAUAGCUUUAGGGGCAUGAGGUUUCUAAGGUCUUUAAUGGACAAGGCCACUUACUACUUUAUAACUAUUAACGUGUGGGAGAGCCAUGCUUCGGCACGAAUGGGUCGGCUCGACCGGAGUGAUACCACGGCCUCACAGAAAACCGGUGUGAAACAACCACAGCGUUGUGUUUCGCCGUACUUUAGCCAUAAUAACUUGUCCAAAAUAAGCCCCAGGGCAUUCGACGAAAACAGUUAUGCGUAUAAUCUGCAAGUUUCGCAUAAUGAAUUUAUGGAUUUCUCUCAGAUACCAAUACAGAACAUGUCAGGCAUACAAGUUUUGAACGCUUCCUACAACAGAAUCGAAUCCAUACCAAAGAUGGCGUUCCCAAAAUUAUACGAACUGCACACGGUCGACUUGUCACAUAACAAUUUGAGUGAAAUAUUUAAUGCAGUUUUUCAAAAUCUGUUUUCAAUUAGAUUUUUGAACCUUAGCUACAAUUCAAUGGAAAUUAUCAAGCCAGCUACCUUCGGUACUAUACCGACCUUGUUAGAACUGGAUUUAUCUCACAAUAAGUUACACGAUGUCUCUCGUGGAAGUAUGGCAAAACUAGUCAGCUGUCGUCUAAUCGAUUUAACUCAUAAUCGAUUGGAAAAACUCUUUCAAAUACCUAUAAGUUUGGGAAUAGUGCUCAACCUUAGUUAUAUAUGUAAUCCAUCAGCUCGUUUGCCGCCCUAUCACAAAAAAGGUACAACUCUCAUCCCCCUAUCCCAAAUCCACAACAACCCUCAAAUUGCCAGUAAGGUGGCCUUGUCUGCCUUUGAUGUUGUGGGUUGUCCAUGGAUAAUUGAUACCAUAAGCGAACUCAACGUAGCCUACAACAAUCUAACGGAAAUAAAAUCGAAUACAUGGCCAUCGAUGAACGCGUUGCUCCGACUCAAUUUGUCGUCCAACAUGUUGGGCGACUCGUUGUCCUCAGACGCGUUUUCCAGCUUGUUGACCUUACAAUCGCUGGAUUUAUCGGGCAAUGGAUUGACUAAACCUCCUUGGGAGGCUUUGAGCACGCUGACCAGUUUGCAGUAUUUGUAUAUGCAGGAAAACAAUCUAACAGAACUAAGUAGAUCAGCGUUUGGUAACCUACCGACGAUGUUCAAGCUGGAUUUGUCGCGCAACCAGUUGACAACAGUUGCGCAACGAUCGUUCAACGGCAUGCAACAGUUGCUCGACUUAUCGCUCAGCGGAAACAUGUUGAAACAAAUACCUAAUGAAGCUUUUAAAGGAUUAGUUGCUUUGAGGAAAUUGGAUUUGUCACAUAAUUAUUUGGAGAAAAUUGACAACAAAACACACGGACUUUUGGACGAUUGUCUGUCUCUAGAAAAGGUUAUCCUAAGCCACAAUAAAUUCGGAUUUUUAACUAAAAAGAUGUUUCCUGCAAGUCCUUGGAUUCCCUACAGACUGUCGGAAAUUGAUCUGAGUUACAAUGAGAUACCGGUUCUAACACAUGAUAUCACAAUUGGAACUAAAAAAGUAACAAAAUUAAACCUAGCCGGAAACUUCAUUAAUGAUAUUCGAAAUAAUGUCUUAGGAAACUUGACAUCAUUACAAGUGCUAGAUUUGUCGCACAAUAACCUAAAGGAUUUAAUUUCAAGGACAUCGGAAAUAAAGUUCGCAUUCCCGGAAAAUAUAACAGAAUUACAUUUGUUUAACAACUCGCUACAAUCCCUGCCUACCCCGAAUAUAGUAGCGGCGAAAAAUUUAAAGUUAUUGGAUGUAAGAAAUAAUGAAUUAAUCAGCUUCGAACCGGAGUGGGUUAAAAAGAUAAUAAAAGAGGGUACUGUUAUUUUGUUUCAAGGAAACCAUUUGAAAUGUGAUUGCUUCACGCGUCCAUUGAAACAUUAUUUGAACCACAAGAAGCCGUCGUCAUUAAAAACAGAUGAAAAAUAUCAAAAUCUCACCUGUUCUGAACCUAUAACGCUGCAAAACGAGAAUAUAUUAUCUGUGGACGAGGACAGAUUAUUGUGCACUGGCAACACUGAAGUUGACACUAAGAUUAUUGAGCAUAGCAACACUGACCCGGAGAAUGCGUUUGAUUUUAUCAACGAACCCGAUUUGGCGUUUAGAGAUAUACAAUAUUCCCAAACAUCGAUCUACGUUCACUGGUUUAUACCAUCCAACGAAGACAUAGGAGACUUUAUUGUGUACUUAAGAGACAGCACAAAUAAACUCCUGUAUUCAUCCGACGUUGCUUACAACUUGCGUUCCCUCACCAUUCCUAUAGAGGAAGCCCUCAAGACCUCCCUACAAGACAAGAGGGACCAUGAGAUAUGUAUUCAAGCGAAAUAUUCCAAUAAUACGCCUCGAAAAUGGCAUCCAAGUCAAUGUCAGAGAGUUUUGGAAGACUUCAGUUCUUGGCCUAAAAAAUUGAAUGUCGAUAAAAGGAGGUUGACUAAGAAAAGAACUCGCCAAGAUUCGGCGGCCGUACUGUACUCAUGUGAAUUCACUGAGAACAGUGAACAUGAAUAUGACUCCUGUUGUGACUUGAAACUGGGUCGGCACGACCGGAGUGAUACCACGGCCUCACAGAAAACCGGCGUGAAACAACCACAGCGUUGUGUUUCGCCGUGUGAGUGA